AAGGAACAAUGGAAAGACCUUAAUGUUUAUUGGACUUCGUCAGAAUGAAAGAGCUGCAUUACUAAGAACGAUUUAUUACUCAGUCUUCAGAGGAGAUGGUACAUUUUGAUAAAUAUUUCUGACAGUAUAACUUUGGAAUGAAAUAUGUCAGUUAUGUGUUAAAGAGCAGGUAUAACAGGUUUUUAUCUCUGCCCAUUUCCCCUGAACUAAAGCAGGAAACAGUUUCUGGAUUUUGGUCCCUAAACAGAAACUCUUAGGAAAGGUGGAAUCAUUUACUAAAGACAUUUACUGACUGAGCCUCUCAGAGAUCAGACUUUCACCUUCAGACCAAACUAGCAGCUUCCUCUGAGUGAGUCCAGCUGCAGGAGAGAAAAGUGGAAACCUCCAACACUGCUGCUUCAGGCUGCUCACACUCCACACACUGAAGCUUCACUCAGAGACUAAAUGGCUUCCAGGUUAGAGGAGGAUCUCUGCUGUCCGGUCUGUCAGGACGUCUUUAAGGAUCCAGUUGUUCUGUCAUGUAGCCACAGCUUCUGUAAGGAGUGUCUGAAGAACUGCUGGAAAGUAAAAAACAGACAAACAUGUCCUGUUUGUAGGAAACCAUCUUCAACAGACGAUCCUCCAGUUAGUCUGAAUCUAAAGAACCUGUGUGAGACCUUCUUACAGCAGAGAGAGCAGAGAGCUUCAGAGGAUCUCUGCAGUCUGCACUCUGAGAAACUCAGACUCUUCUGUCUGGACCAUCAGCAGCCAGUGUGUCUCGUCUGCAGAGAUUCAGAAAAACACACCGAGCACAGAUUCAGACCCAUCGAUGAAGCUGCUCAGCAACACAAGAAGAAACUUCAGGAAACUCUGGAAGCUUUGAAGGAGAAGCUGGAGGUCAGGAAGAAAGUUCAGGAGGAGUUUGAUCAGACAGCAGAACACAUGAAGGUCCAGGCCCGACACACAGAGAGGCUGAUUAAGGAGCAGUUUAAGAAGCUUCAUCAGUUUCUAGCAGAGGAAGAGGAGGCCAGGCUGGCUGCACUGAGGGAGGAAGAGGAGCAGAAGAGAGGGAUGAUGAAGGAGAAGAUGGAGGCUCUGAGCAGAGAGAUAGCAGCUCUUUCAGACACAGUCAGAGCCACAGAGGAGGAGCUGAGAGCUGAAGACGUCUCAUUCCUGCACAACUACAAGGCUGCAGUGGAAAGAGUCCAGCGCUGCCCCCUGCUGGAGGAUCCACAGCUGCCCUCAGGAGCUCUGAUAGACCAGGCCAAACAUCUGGGCAACCUGGCCUUCAACAUCUGGAGCAACAUGAAGAACAUGGUGUCCUACACUCCUCUCAUCCUGGACCCAAACACUGCUCACCCAGAACUAAUACUGUCUGAAGAUCUGACCGGUAUGACUAGAGGAGAGGAACAGAAGCUUCCUGAUAAUCCAGAGAGGUUUGCCUGGUUUUCUGUCCUGAGUUCUGAGGGCUUUAACUCAGGGAACCACAGCUGGGAUGUUGAUGUUGGAGACAGUGCAGGCUGGAAUGUUGGUGUGUUAGCAGAGUCUGUCCCGAGGAAGGGAUACAUUGAGUCUGGGCUGUUGGCUAUGAAGUAUCUUUUAGGUACAUACUCAGCAGAGUCUCCAUCAGCUCUUUCCAAAGUUAUUGUUAUACAGAAGAAGCUCCAGAGGAUCAGAGUGAAUUUGGACUGGGACAGAGGAAAGCUGUCCUUCUCUGAUCUGGACACUAACACACACAUACACACCUUCACACACACCUUCACUGACAAGAUGUUUCCAUUCAUCUACACCAGCUUUAAAGUUAAAAUUUUACCCACGGAGAUCUCACUGAGUAAACAGUAGCUCGGAUAUUCUCAGCGUGAAGAACACAAAGUGCAGUCUUUUGUGGUAAAAUUUCUUAGUUUUUUUAUUUAUUUCAAGGUGACUGAGAACUCUUGACAGCAUUAGAGAAUUUGGAGACGACGUAAGUUGUGUGAUAAUAC